AAUUCAAUUCAACAAUUCAGCAAUCUAAGCAAUCUCAUAUCUCAUACCAUGUUGGCUUUAUCUCCUCCUCUAUUUUCAACAAUUGGAUGGCCCUUGGAAGAUCAUUCCAUAAGUCAUGACCACGACAACUAUUACUCAGCAGAAUCAUCGCUUCUUCAUUUCCCAACAACUCUGCAGCCACAGUUUGAUCAGCUAGAUCACUCCACGCCAUCCACCGCAGUCAGCGGCGAGUCCAACAUAUCUUCAAUGGUCAAGAAGCUCAACCACAAUGCUAGUGAGCGUGACCGCCGCAAGAAGAUCAACAACUUGUACUCAUCACUGCGUUCUCUCGUUCCCGCUGAUCAUGCGAAAAGAUUAAGCAUUCCUGCCACAGUUUCACGGGUGCUGAAAUACAUUCCAGAGCUCCAACAGCAAGUAGAGGGACUAAUUCAAAAAAGAGACGAGCUUUUAUCAAACAUGUCCAAGCAAGAAAAUGUAAUCUUACAAGAGGAAAAGCAGCUACAAAGCACAGCUCGGAGGAGUGGGAGCUCACUAUCUGCUGUAUCAACAAGUCGUCUUAGUGAUACUGAACUUGCCAUUCAAAUAUCCACGGUUAAGUCCACCCACAAUAUCAUAUCUCGGAUUUUGCAAAGCCUGGAGGAGGAUGGGCUUGAAAUACUGAAUGCUUCUACUUUCGAGUCCUCUGGAGGGAGGGUGUUCUAUAAUUUACAUCUCCAGGUAGAUAUGUUCUACAGGUUGGAAUGCGAGAAUUUAAGCCAUAAGCUCAUGUCCUUCUAUGUAUGAGAAAAAUUCAUUCAAGAGGACUUUCCGAUGAAUUAAUGUCUUACCACUUACCACAUUGGUUCGUCUAUCCACAUCCAAGUGAAACAAUUAAGCACUUACGCAGAGAAGUUCAUCCUCAAUAAUUCCAUCCAGUAGCCAUGGCUUGAAUCUUGGAGAUUUUAGGAUCUAUCAAGUUACACUAGGAACAAGAAGAUGGAAGUUUGACUUUGGAAGUUGCUGUAUUUAUGUAUCAUUAAAACCGGCACAAUGUAGAUAAAGGCAAUUAGUUACUCUUUCUUCCUUCAAAUUAAUCUGGAAUUUAUUUGGGACUAGGGGUGAAAAUGAGUCGAGUUGAGCUGAAUACUAAGGUGUUUAUGUUUGACUUGUUUACUUUUUAUCGAGUUUGAGCCUGGUUAAAGCUUGAAUAAUUUUUUUCAUGUUCAGGCUCGGCUCAGCUUGAAUAUUUUUCUUUAAGCUCGAGCUCGAGCUAGGUUCGGCUCGAG